AUGAAUCGUCAUCUGCGCGUGCCUGAGGUGCGCGUUAGUGGUGCCCCGGUGGAUGAGGAUAGCCCUGCAGCCUUACCACCCUUCGCGCUUACAUUACCAUCGAUACCAAGACGAAGACACUCUUGGAUAUGCGGAAAUAAUUUCGAAGAUAAUGUCAACGCUUUGGAUCUCGAUGGUUUGCAGUUUACGCGCCAAGUCGCACGCGAACGUAUCACGCUCUCAUAUAUAACAUAUUAA